ACCGCCGUCGUUAGGGUUUAUCAUCAGAGGAGCCGAACCUAUGGCGUCUCUAGCCAAGUUUCACUACUGUCUUCAACCACUCCACCUCAAACUCAACAAUGGUCACAGUAGUCUCCAACCUAAACCUAAUUCAUACCAAAUCCUCCAAAAGCCUCCUCCCUCACGCGCCAUUAGAGCUUCAUCAUCAAACCCUAAACCCUCUCUCCUCAAAAAAACCUGCGUAACUCUCACAACAGCCGCCGCCUUAUUCUCCGCCUCCCUCCACCUCUCCACCAAACCCGCCGCCGCAACCCCUCCUCCUCCACCUUCAUCCACAAUCGAAACUGACCAAAUCUCAUCUGAAGAAGCAUCCCUCGAGAAGCACCUCGCAACCAACCCCAACGACCUGGAAUCUCUCCAAUCCCUAAUGAAAAUCAAACUCCAAUCGAAGAAUCUCGACCAAGCGCUGGAGAUUCUAAACCGUCUGAUCUCGCUCGACCCCGAGGAGCAAGAGUGGCGGAUCUUGAGAGCUCAGGUGCAGACCUACGGCGGAGAUUUCGAGUCCGCGACCAAAGGAUUCGAGGAGAUUCUAGCUAAAGAUCCUCUCCGCGUCGAAGCUUAUCACGGACUCGUUAUGGCGUACUCAGAUUCAGAGUCUAAGCUCUCGGAGCUCGAGAGGAGAAUCGGGGAAGCUAUGGAGAGGUGUAAGAAGGAGGAUAAGAAGAAGGAUUUUAGAGAUUUUAUGCUUUUGAUUGCGCAGAUUAGGGUUAUGGAAGGGAAUCCGAGUGAAGCGCUUAGGGUUUAUCAGGAGCUGGUGAAAGAUGAGCCUAGGGAUUUUAGGCCGUAUCUGUGUCAAGGUUUGAUUUAUACGUUGAUGAAGAAGAAGGAUGAAGCUGAGAAGCAGUUUGAGCAGUUUAGAAAGUUGGUUCCUGAAAAUCAUCCCUAUAGAGAGUAUUUUGAUUCUAAUAUGCUCAAUACCAAUAAGCUUUUCGCUAAGAGUUAAGGUUGAGAGUUUGAGUUUUGUUGGAUGCUUUAGUUAUCUUUGUAGUUUGUAGCUUUGUACGUCAUUACUCAAAACUUAUCUUCAUCAGAUUGAAAGUCUACAUCUUUUGUUAUUGGAUGAUGAUUCAAAG